UCUCGCUGUGGUGCGUCACUGGAAGAAGGUUGGGAAGCUGACAGAAGCGAGCAUUUGUGGAAGGAAAUCGCCAUCAGGACCUUAAACCUGUUUCACAGCGAGAGUACAACCUUCUACAAAAUAAAAGAUGGCGCAGUGGUGCCAGCUUCAGAUGCUGGACUGUAAGUACCUGGAGCAGGUGGACCAGCUGUAUGAUGACUCGUUCCCCAUGGACAUCCGGCAGUACCUGAGCAGGUGGAUCGAGAGCAUCGACUGGGACACGGUGGCCAUGCAGGACUCGCUGGCCACCAUCCGCUUCCACGACCUGCUGGCUCAGCUGGACGACCAGCACAGCCGCUUCGCUCUGGAGAGCAACUUCCUGCAGCAGCACAACUUUCGCAAGAUCAAGAGGAACCUGCAGGACCGGUUCCAGGAGGACCCCGUCACCAUGGCGAUGAUCAUCUCCAGGAACCUCAAGGAGGAGCAGAAGAUCCUGGCCUGCGCUAAAGAGGCGGAGGCGGAAGGAGAAGGACCGGUGUCGGCCAUGGUGGUGGAGAAGCAGAAGCUGGACAACAAAGUCAAGGAUCUGAAGGAUAAAGUUCAGUUCCUGGACCAGCUGCUGAAGAACUUGGAGGACCUACAGGACGAGUACGACUUCAAGAUGAACACCCUGAAGAACAGAGAGAACGAGCUGAACGGCAUCUCAGCCAAAGAGCUGGAGAAGGAGAAGUUCCACACGGCCCGGAUGUGCAUGGAGCUGAAGCAGAAACGCCACGACGUGGUUACCUUUCUGACGGAGCUGCUGAACCUGACCCAGAACCUGAUCCAGGACCUGAUCUCUGAGGAGCUGCCGGAGUGGAAGCAGCGGCAGCAGAUCGCCUGCAUCGGCGGCCCGCCCAACGCCUGCGUGGACCAGCUGCAGAACUG